ACCAUCCCCUACUGCAGUGCUAUCAAUAUAUUGUCCGGCCACUGCACACAGGUUCGCUGCGUGCGGACGGCUCCUCCGCGCGCCCUGAUCUAGAGUGGAGACGCAGAUCGAUCACCUCGAGGCUGCGUCAGGCUUCCGUACAGUGUAUGUUCUCGCCAGAUGAUCUCGACUGACAGCAACUUCAUGAUUCGACGAUGGCUUCUCGCUCUCCUCAUCAGGUUGUCCCGCCUGACCAGGUGCAUUGAUGUACCAGGAUUUAUCCUUCGUACCCUGAAGCCACAGAGCAUAUUCACUAGUCUUAUGGACUGGGGGUCAAUAUAUAUACUAGAGGAUCAGGCGCGCUUUGCCGGGCCAGGUUCUGUCCCGGAGGAUUACCGUGAGUACCCAAGCGAAGGACAAUACCAGUCUGCCGAUCUGCCAGAAGAGAACACCGCCCCCUCCGAUGGGUUCUAUGUAGAUCUCGACGUUGACGAGUGA